AUGGCCUCCAAGGUGGCUCUAAAGGCGGUCAAGUCUUCAUUGGACGCUGGCCAGUACGUGAAAGCGGCCGAUCAAGUCGAGGAGUUUCUGAAACAAGAUGCCAAAAACCACACAGCAUGGCUCUUUCUUGGAUUCGCAAGGGAGAAGCUGGGAGAGCUCGACGCCGCAGAGAAGGCAAUCUGCAAAGCAGCAGAACUCAAACCACAGGAUGCUCAAGCCUAUAAAGGGCUGAUCACAUUGUACGAGAAACAGGGCAGUGCUAGAUUGGACCAAUAUCAUGAUGUGGCCUUCAAGCUGGCAGAAAUCUAUGCACAGCAGGAAGACAGAGCGCAAUGUCAGAGUGUCAUUGAUAAGUAUGAACUGUUCGCAAAGAAGCAUGGUACUCGAGCUCAGUAUCGGCGAGCCCUGGAACUGAUUCUACCUACUUCACCACUUUAUCCAACACUCGAAGGCCGUGUCAUGCAACCCAACCUCACGUAUCAACGCAUUCUUGAGUCAGCAGAAGCGGAGGAGAAAGCAUGGAUCAAUACACAGAUAGGCGAAAGAAGAACACGAUUAGGGGCCAAGAUCGAUCAAGUUAUCCGUCAAGUCAAGGCAGAAGCCAUCACCAAAUUCCAGAUCGAGGAGAAAUAUGCCGCGCUAAUAGACUGGACAAGAGACGACGAUGCACGCCACGACCUUGAACAAAAGCUCUUCCAACGUAUGUUCGACAACUUACUCUUCCUUCCCAAAGAUGCCAAAGCCACUCAGCGCGACAAAGUCCUCAACAUGGCAAAUGGCAUGGUUAUCAUCAAGCUUCGCUGUCUGCUGGCCUGGAAGAUUGCUCUGGAAUGGGUGGACGCCGAAGACUUGGUGGAGUGGGACGUGAACAUCUUCCGCGAAUUCAUCGAGUACUUCCCUGAUGAUGGUUUAAGCAAGGUCCUGCGUGGAUCUCUCGAGAGCAACGCGUCACCAUUCCCGCAACCGCCUGUUGAGGAAGCCGACCAGGAUGAUGUCUCUCAGAAACUAACUGAGGCGGACCAGCUCAUCCUCAUGAAUGAAGGUCUCGAGGACUGUCCGGAGUCUCCUCUGGGUCAUCGAAUCAUGGCUUACACGUACCUACAUUUCGAGGAUUGGCAAAGCACGGUCGACUCGGCUCGCAAAGCACAGACUCUGUACAAGAACGCAGAACAACAAUACGCUUUGGACCUGCAGAACAGUCUCGACGGUGUUAAUCUAAUACUAGCCAAGGCUCUGAUCACUUUCCAAUCCCCGCGCCACCACCCCGAAGCAAAAGGCUUGUUCCAAAAUAUCCUCGAGCGAAAGCCCAAACUCACCGCUGCCCUGUUAGGUAUAGGCUUGAUCUUUGAGGAGGACGAAGAUUAUGCGGAAGCUAUCAAGUUCUUACAACAAGCUGCAGACCGCGAUCCUGAUAAUGUCAGGAUCAAGCUCGAGCUAGCCUGGUGCAGAGCUCAGAAUGGAGAACUUGAGGAAGGUCUUGAUGAAUUGCAAGAGGUGCUGUCCGAACUCGAGUCGCAGAAGAGUCAGGAUCUGCCCAUGAAGUCGGUCGCGCUUUAUCGCAUCGCCUACUGUAUGUGGCACAUCAACACCUCCGCUGCGGCGCGAAAAGACAAGGCCGGCCCAUACCAAUAUCUAAUUGCCGCUGUCAAGGCAAACCCCAGCUAUGCUCCAGCAUAUACUCUGCUAGGGAUCUACUUCCAGGACUAUGGCAAGAGCAAGCAGCGGGCCCGGGUGGCAUUACAAAAGGCCUUUGAACUAUCCACCUCCGAACUGGAAGCAGCACACAGACUGGCCCAAACGUUUGCGGACAGCGGAGAGUGGGAUCUUGUCGAACUUGUCGCCCAGCGAGUGGUUGCAUCAGGAAAAGCCAGGCCUGCUCCGGGUUCGAAGAAGAAAGCUUACAGCUGGCCGUAUGCUGCACUGGGCGUGGUACAGAUGAACAAACAGCACUAUUCACAGAGCAUAGUAUCCUUCCAGGCCGCCCUACGGAUCACACCAGAUGAUUACUAUUCUUGGGUUGGUCUGGGUGAAAGUUACCACAAUGCCGGGCGUCAUGUUGCUGCCACCAAAGCAUUUGCGAAAGCCGAGAUCAUUGGCCAUGCCCUGCCACCUGAGGAAACCUGGUUCGCCAAAUACAUGCUUGCCAAUGUCCAGCGGGAGAUGGGCUUCUUCGACGAAGCAAUCGUAGCAUACAAAGACGUCCUCGUCCUCAAACCGGGCGAGUUUGGCGUUCUGAUUUCAUUGCUGCAAACUAUUUCCGAAAGUGCUUGGGCAAAGGUCGGGCUAGGAAUGUACGGCGAGGCUGUGAGGCUUGCGAAACAGGCCCUCGAGGUUGCAGCUGAGAUCGCCCGGGACAGGAAGGACUUCUUUAACCUCUGGAAGGCCGUUGGUGAUUCUUGUUCUGUCCUUGGUCAUAUGAAGCUCCACGCCGCUGCAAAUGAUCUCCAGACGGUUGUCGGGUUACUCGAAACCACAGACGAUGCUGAAUUGAGUGUUUUGGCAGACGUGGACAAGGCCAGCGUCGAACAACUGAAGGCUAAUGAAGACGACACCCCCUCCAGUAUUGCUGAUAGAUGGCUUCUUGCUGCCGUUCUCGCGCACAAACGAGCCAUCCACGCCUCCUCGACCGAUCCUCACGCCCAAGCCGUGUCAUGGUACAAUCUCGGUUGGGCAGAGUAUGACGCAUACAUUUCUGGCGGCGAGGUGGUCAAGACCAAGGGAAAGAAGCCUCAUAGACUCCUCAAAGCAGCAAUGAAGUGCUUCAAGAAAGCCAUAGAACUGGAGGCCGGCAAUUCCGAGUUUUGGAACGCCCUCGGCGUCGUCACCAUGACACUCAACCCCAAGGUAUCACAGCACUCGUUCGUCCGAAGUCUGCAUCUCAGCGAACACAAUUCGAGGGCAUGGACAAACCUCGGAGUGCUGUAUUUGAUCAACAAUGACAGCCAACUUGCCAACGAGGCCUUCACUAGGGCGCAGUCCGAAGACCCGGAAUACGCAGACGCGUGGAUUGGGCAAGGCCUGCUGGCAAUGCUGUUCGGAAACCUUCAAGAAGCAAGAGGCCUGUUCAUGCACGCGUUCGAUAUCGCAGAUGGUUCGGUCCUGCCGGCAAGACGGCAUUACGCUCUGUCUGCUUUCGACCAUCUGCUCAAAGAUCCCGCGCGGUCCCAGGAAGUCAGCGCUCUUUUGCAACCACUGUUUGCCAUGCGCCAAUACCACACUCAACAACCUUCUGACAUGAUCGCCACUCAUCUGCUGGCGCAGUUUGCCGAACGAGUUGGGGACCAUGAGACCAGCGCCGAAACCUUGGUAGAGGUGUGCAAUGCCGCCGAGCAGGAAUACGAAACCUCCGAGUCGAACGAAUACUUGGUUAGAUACGCCCAGGCAAAAGCAGAUCUCGCUCGUGCGCAACUGGCGUGUGGCGAAUACGUUGAAGCCGUGACGAAUGCCGAGACUGCUCUGGAUCUAUCAAGCGACGCAGACGAGCUUGGUCCUGCUUACGCAGAGCCUCGACAGAAAUGGAGACUUUCCGCACAGAUAAGCGCAGGUCUUGCACACAGCCAUCUGAAGCAGACCGAGAAGUCGAUCAAGAUGUUCGAGGCGGCGCUUAAGGAGUCUAGAGGUGAGCCGGAUGUUGUGUGUAUGCUCGCACAGGUCCUGUGGGCAAAAGGCGGUCCGGCAGAAAAAGAGGCAGCACGAUCACAGCUCUUCGAUAUUGUAGAGACACACCCAGGUCACGUCCAAGCCGUGGCGCUGUUAGCUGUGACCGGCUUACUGGACGAUGACCAGGAUGUCCUAGAAGCGGUGGAAGAGGACCUGAAAGCGCUGAGACGUGGUGAUGAGGUCGGCGUGCUGGACAAGAUACGGGUCAGUAAGAUUCUGGCUGGGAUUGUCGGAUGUCGAUCACCCCAAAAUCAAGCGAGUGAUCAGCCGGCAGUCAUUGCGGAUGCUCUUAAUGGGAUCAUGCUUGCACCAGGACAGCCGCAAGGCUGGCUCGAACUUGCACAGACUGUUGGAAGCGAUGGCGGGCGGGACUAUGCUGCGGAGAUGGCUGUCCUCAAUGCUGAGAGACAGAUCCCUCCUGGUGGGAAGCUGUCGGCGACCGAUCUGGCCAGAGCGUAUGAAGGGACUGGUACGCCCGAGGAUCUUCUUAAGGCGAAGAUGCUCGCGCCAUGGCGGUUAACGAUCGCUGCGGAAGCCGCAUAA